AUGCCCGGUGCCAACGUAGCAGUCCUCCCGCCUCCUGCGGCCUCGACAGCCUCUUCGCGAAAGACCUCAUUAGCACCCGAACGCAAAUACAAGUGCCAGUUCUGCAAUAGGGCUUUUAGCAGGAGCGAACACCGAAGUCGCCAUGAACGAUCACACACAAAAGAGCGACCUUUCAAGUGCAUGAAGUGUAGGAGCACUUUCGUCCGUCGUGAUCUUCUUCUCAGACAUGACCGUACCGUCCAUGCUAAAGAUGGCGGCGUCCCACUUCACAGCGAUGGCAAACGUCGGGCUGGCCCCAAAACCCGCGCUGUUGGCGCGCCCUCAAAAUCAUCCAUCCCUAUCGAUACUUCAACCCUUGAGCAAAUGGAAUCGGGUACCGAUACCAUGUUUGAUGUCGAAGCUGCCGCUAUGCUUGUUGCCGACUUGCACCACAAGGCUACAGCUGCAAUGCGCGAAGACCACUCAUACGAAGACAGUCCUUCGAUGACAUACUCGCCUCACAACGCCUCCGCUAUGGAAUCUACAGUGACAUACCCAUCUGGCGCCAUCGCAUUACCUCAAGUCCAGUGGGACGGUUUCAUGUCUCAGUCUGUCGCCGAGCCCAAGGCACACUCCAUCACCUCGAGCGCGUCCGGCUCAUUCGAGUCGCAACCAUCCUUUGCUAGCGGGGCCACACUGCAGCCUCAAUCUAAUCAGCUCCCCCCUAUCAAUGGCCAGAACUGCAACGGCUUAGUUCCCGCUCUGCAAUCAAUGAUCAAUUCCUUGCCAAACUCUGCGGCCGCGCCACCUUCUCCAUGGGUUUCGGAAUCUUCUAAGGCUGGCUACAAGGCUCCUGAAGUGUUGGGCGACGAUGAGCGCAACGCUAUUUUGGACAACAUUCGGAAUGCGGACAGUGAGCAUGCUAUCCCCGAGGGCUUCCGUCUGCCUGGUCUUGGCUCAUUGAACCGAUAUCUUUCAACAUACUUCGGCCUGUUCCACCACCAUCUGCCUUUCCUACACCCCGCCUCGUUCUAUCCCACGAAAGUCUCGCCUCAGCUAUUACUGGCAGUUCUCAGCAUCGGUGCGCUUUAUGCUUUUGAUCAAGAGCAAGCAUACAUGCUUCACAUCGGCUCAAAAGUUUUAGUGAACCAAUUCCUCCAAAGUAAGGAGAACUUCAGCUCUCGCAAAUGUCCUUUGUGGACAAUGCAGAGCAACUUGCUUAACAUGGUUUUCGCCAGCUGGAGUGGCGAUCCCAAGGGACUCGAAUGGACGUGCUCGAUCAAGAGUCUGCUCGCCAACAUGGUCGCUGGUAAUAGAUACGAACUCAAGCUGCGCCAGGAGGCCCGUACCGGCGCCAAACCAACUCGCGCUGAAUGGGUCGAGGAUGAGGGUUGCCGUCGCACUUACUAUGCAGUUUACAUCUUCUUUGGGCUCUUAACUCUCACAUACAAUCACACUCCUGCCAUCAGUUUCAGCGAAUUCGAAGACUUACAACUUCCUUCCACGGAAACACUUUGGAACUUGCAGGUUGCAGACGAAACGACGUGGCAAGAACAUCUUGCAGCAUCCACGACUGUAACUUUCAUGGAAGCUCAUGACAAUCUUUUCCAGGGCGAAACCCUCCGAUACAGUACAUUUGGUACUCGUGUUAUGAUCAAUGCAUUGUUUCUCGAGGUCUGGUAUCAUAAGCGAAGCCCUGAAGCCUUGCAAGACGUGGUUACCGAGUACAAGUUACGAUUGGCACUAGAGACAUGGGAGAAAUCAGUCGAUAUGUGUGAGACCGAAGCGUUUCCCGUUCCCAUCAGCGCCCCUCAUAAGGGUCAUCCCUUGAUCUUCAAUGCCAAGGCCAUGUACCGCAACGCUCGUGCACGUCUCGAGGUUGACCUCAAAGCAGUACAAGAAGCGUUGCGCUAUCACGAGCCUUAUGAGGUUGCAGCUGCCAUGACGCAUGCUCGCGACCGUGUAAAGCGCUCAAGUGAGAUGGUCAAGGUUAUCGAUGAAUGCUACAACUGCCUAGAAACAGUUGUCUCUCAGGGAGUUAGAUGGAUUGCACGUGUAUCGCCCACCAACUGGAGCGUCGAGCACGCGCUAUGUGGGAUGGACCUGAUGAUCAUUCUAUCACUAUGGCUCUAUCGUCUGGAACACGAUGAAGAGCCUGCUACCCAGGAGGAGCUGGCUAUGUAUAACAAAGUCCGGCAACUCCUGGUUAAGGAGAUCGAUGAGAAUUACAUGUCUCAACUUAGCGCAGUCGUUGCAAGACUCUGGGGGUCCAUACUUGACGAAGUAGUUGUUUGGGGCAUGACAAGACUCAUGGGCGAUUCUUUCAAAUUGCAUUCUCAGGCUCUUGUCGGCUAUGUCGAUGACCCUGAAGCUUCCUCUAACGUUUCCACGCCUUCGAUGAUCUCGCAGGGGGCUGAUGAGGAUAGCGUGUACUAA